AUGGACGAAGUAGUGCAGAACCGACCGCUCACGAAACGUCAACGAGCCAAAUUGAAUAACGAAACAGUGGAAGAUUACCUAGAGCUACCUAUGGAAUCCGGUAAAAAGAAGCUCCUUACAGAGGAAGAAGAAGCGUUGCGACGAUCAGAAGUAGCUAGACGACGUAAAAAUCAAAGUAUCCAACGAGCAGAAAAGGAUAAGGAAGACACAAUCAAUCGUCUUUUGAAAAAGCAAGCCAGUAAAAGCAAACGCGUGAUCAAAGAUGACGGUGAAGAUAAAGAAGGUCAAGCAGCGGGCACCAAACAGCAAGAAGAUCGAACUCGACUCCAUUAUGUGAACAACAAAGAAGGCAGUUCCCUUUCCAUCCCAAUGUCACAUACGAUUCAAGAAGUGUUUGGAAACCAACCAAAACCCCAAGUGAAGGGUGAGGCCCGUUGUGAAGUGGAAGCAUGCAACAAUCUCAAAAAAUACGUAACGAAAAAGACCGGCAAGAAGGUUUGCUCACUCGAACAUUAUCGACUGGUGGAAAGCGCAUGA